AACUGGUAUUACAGGACGAUAAAAUUACGACAUCGUUAACUUGCAUGUCACAGAAUAUGUAAAGGAGAAGAAUAAAUAUCAAGAAGUAAUUCGGCUAGAAUGACUCAAGACGCUUAACAUUACAGAAUGCCGACAUCAUUAAGAAGUUGAUACAAGGAAAAAGACGUUAAGUUGUAUACAGUGUACGGCAAUAGUUGCUUAUAUUGUGGACUUAGGAGGCGACAGCUGUACUUGACUUGGCUAGACAUCCAAUAGGUCCUUAUCGCCACACAAGCCUUUAAUGUAAUCAUUAUAAUAGAUUAUUUGUUAGGAAUGUAUAGAGCGCAUUUAGGUUUAGUCGUCCAAAUGUCGCCAAGAAAUCUAAUAAAUGACUGUUUACUUUUCGACCGGUAAUCCGAACACUCGUUUCGCUAUUCGAAUCUUUUAUUAAUCGCGGGUUAUACUUCAAAAGACCAAUGUUCCAAAAAUCCUAUUUACACUAAUUAAAAAUAUCUCUACUUCGUUAAAUUACAAAUUCGAAAAGCUUUUUAUUCAUCAAUAAAUUACUAUUAGCGUUAAACGAAAAAGCAUCUCGUCCCUCUUAGCUGUUAAUGUUUGCUUAUCAUCCGUUGCCACCGUCAACGAAUACAUCAACAAACUUUGCCUGCUGUGACGUAAAUGCGCAUGCGUUCUACCUACUAUCGGAGCGACAGCCAAAAGCACGUGUUAGUAUUAAGUCGGUGUAAUUUCCCAUCAUGGUUUCCGUUCAGCCGACUUCCAGCGCUUUUAAAAAAUCUUUCACCGUCGCAGAAAUCCUUUACGAUCGCGAUAAGGCCAAAACCAAUUCUAACUUAUAUUAUUCCGACAGAAGCGUUCGCCCUAAUAACAGAGAUGAAAUGAAUAAUGAUCAUUUACGACGUUCCUCCAGAUUAAAAUUCGGCAUCGAAAGAAUCUUAUCCGAUGACAUAUCACCUGGAUUUGAUAAAGGAAAAAACAACAUCCAACUCUAUCAGACCGAAUUUUACUAUAAUUUGUCUAAUUGUUAUAAUUGCAUAGCUAGACCUUACGAACCUAUCAGAUCUUAUUUUGUAUCGUGCACGCCAGAUAUUAUUAAUCAGUUUACUACUUAUACACAAGCGUGCGAUGGAGGUACUUCGACCGAUGAUGGUAAUACCACGAAUAAGAGGAAGAGAUCUUGGUCUCGAGCCGUUUUUUCAAAUCUACAAAGAAAAGGUUUAGAAAAACGUUUCAUGAUACAAAAGUAUAUCACCAAACCCGAUAGAAGACAAUUAGCCGCUACGUUAGGUUUAACAGAUGCUCAGGUCAAAGUUUGGUUUCAAAAUAGACGAAUGAAAUGGCGACAUUCUAAAGAAGGUCGCGACGACGUCAAUAAAUUGAAAUUGUCUUCUUCGGAAGAAAAAACAGACGAAUAAUUUUGAAUAAUAGAAUUAAAACAUCUUUUUAAUUAUAUGUGAUCAGAAAAAGAACAAUUGUAAAUAUCGCUAAAUGUAUCAGAUCUGUAUUUUUGUAUGUGACCGUUUCCAUGAUUGGUUUUAAUACAGAAAAAAAAAAGGCUUUUACACAGCAAAUAACAUACGAACUUCAUCCGCUAUUUACGGUUUCAAAUUUUAUACUUCAUCUAAAUUAUUUGUAUUUUCACAAUUAUAA